GCUGUUUGUAAACAUGGAGGACGAUAUAUUAUCACCGGUAAUAGAGUGUGUAAAUUUUGCUGCAAUUAAGCACAAAAACCAACGAAGGAAAGAUCCUGAUGCAACACCGUAUAUAAAUCACCCAAUUGGUGUUGCAAGAAUACUCACCAAAGAGGCUUGCAUUACUGAUGUUGCUGUUAUACAGGCUGCUUUUCUUCAUGAUACAGUUGAAGAUACGGAUACAACAUUUGAAGAAAUUGAAGCUGCCUUCGGUACAGAAGUCAAGUCGAUCGUUGCCGAGGUAACAGAUGAUAAGUCACUUCCGAAAAUGGAGCGCAAAAGAUUACAAAUUGAAAAUGCUCCAAAGAAGAGCAUGAAAGCGAAGCUAGUGAAACUAGCCGAUAAACUCUAUAAUCUACGCGAUCUGGAGAGGUCAACCCCAAAAGGCUGGACUCGAGAACGGGUCGACGAUUAUUUCCUCUGGGCGGGCAGAGUCGUUGACGGUCUGCGUGGAACAAAUAAACAACUAGAGGAUGAGCUAGAUAAACUGUUGACAAAAAGAGGCGUCCUUAAAGACAGUUGUAUAGAAAGUGCCUAAAUUAUACUGAAUAAUGGACUUUUCUGCUGAGCUCCGCUCCUUGGAUAGGAAGCUUUCGAUUUCACGACGACGGUAGGACGUAAUGGCGUUACUAAAAGUCAUCUAUGCAUGUGAGAACGUUAAGGUCACCUCGUCGAGUAGAUUUCUACGUAUGCAGAGAACGUUGGACGACAGGUGGGACGGUCACGCAUGAGUGAUUCCGUUCUAGCGUCGCGUCGUCGCGCACAAAUCGAAAGCUCCCAGUUGUUGCGUUUGUGGGACAUGUGUUUUUGGGAGAAACGCCUAGUCUUAUCGAUGCUCUGAUUGGUUAGUUCUUAAGUUUGAUUGACACUCCAGAAAGGUCAAUCAAUCAGUCAAUCAAUACACAUUUAUUCAAUCAAAUGGAUCGUGAACAUACAUAAGCCAUAAAUUUAUAUAAUAAAGUUCCAUUAAUUGGAUCAAAUUAUAGAAGCUGUUUUGAUUGUCUCAAUUGACCCUUACAAAAAAGUACAAAUAGAUUAUUAAAACACACACAUAUUGAACUGGUACCGUGCACACACCUACACACAUACAUAAACAGUACUUACUGUAUAAUUGGGUGCUAUAUAUAUUUAUAUAUUAAAUUAACAUAUAUAACUAUCCAAAUAAUAUUGUUUUGUAUGUCAUUCAGGUCAUUCCGUAAGGUUGGGCCAAACACUUUAAUAAACAAUUGACCGCUUCUUAAGUCUGACAAACGGAAACGAGUAAAUAAUUAGUUUCCUUUAAAUAUUAAUUAUGCCCACUCUUUCGAUCAUGAAAAAUGUUUACGAUUGAAAGUGGGAAUUGGCCGUUUAUAUAUUGAUACAUAAAAGAGGCUACUUGAAUUUUUAAUCUAUUUAAAUAUGAAAAGUAAUCACUGGCCCAUAUCGAAUUGCAAUAUUGUAAAUAAGGAAGAACAAGGGACUUAUACAAGUACAUCAAGUGUACUUCAGAGCUUACCUUGAUAAAUGUACGUCACACUACAAUAGUCUCAUAAGUUCAAUGCAUGCCUCAUUCUAGAUCUCAGUACGGUUACUAAAAAAAAAAAAAAAUUAUAAAUCAAUUUAAUCGAAAAAGCCAUCAUGACUUCUAUAAUUUUCACUAAAGAGUAUGUAAAAAAAAUAUUAUAUAUUGAUGUUUGCGGUACACCACGCAGAUGGUUCUGAAAAGAACUGUUGUUGGUAGAGAAUGUCUCAACGUAUCGAUUGUUGCUUCAAUCGUCUU